AUAUAAUCACACAAAGACGCAGCACACUCUGACUACCAGGAUCUUCACAAACUCCAACCAUGCUCUUGCAAAACUUACUGGAAUACUUUGAUUUGACUUUCUGGCUGAUAUGCCUUUUUCUUUUUCUUCUGUUUACUGAUAUUAUAAGGAAUAUGAAUCCACCAAAUUUCCCACCAGGUCCCUGGCGUCCACCUUUCGUGGGAAACGUCUUUACUGGAGGUGACUACAAAACCAUAGACAAGCUUUACAAGCAGUAUGGGGAUGUGUUCAGUGUGAGAUGGGGCAGUAGCAAAACUGUGUACAUCUGUGGAUACAAAAUGUUGAAGGAGGCUCUCGUCACUCAGUUGGACAGCUUUAUUGAGCGCCCAGUUAUUCCUCUGUUUGACAAAAUCUAUAACGGGCGUAGUGUGUCUCUCAGUAAUGGGUACAUGUGGAAGAUGCAGAGAAAGUUUAUCAUCACUCACCUGCGAUACGUUGGUGAGGCAAAGAAGACCCUUGAGCUGAGCAUCCAGCAGGAGAGCGUCUGCCUGUGUGAGGUCUUUAAAGAGGAAAAGCGUCCCUUUGAUCCCCAGUUUUACCUCAUCACUGCUGUUUCAAACAUAAUCUCAGCUCUAAUGUUUGGGCAUCGCUUUGACUACCAUGACGAAAGCUAUCUUAAAAUUCAGCGUACACUUGUUGAAGCUGUCUCACUGGCAGGCUCUUCUCAUGCUAAUCUCUACAAUAUCUUCCCUUUCCUUUUUAAUUACAUUCGUGGGCCACAUCAGAAAGUGUUUGCAAACUAUUUUGCGAUACUUGAUUUUGUGAAAGAAGAGGUCAGAAAGCACAAGGAGAAUUGGGAUCCAUCAGACCCACGGGAUUACAUUGAUGCUUAUCUGGCGGAGAUGGAGAAGAAAAAGAGUGACCCUGAAGCUGGUUUUGACCUGGAUACAUUAGCUUGUGCCACAAUGGACAUGUUUGAGGCUGGAACAGAAACCUUGGCCACUACAAUGCGCUGGGCUCUGCUUUUCCUGAUGAAAUUUCCUGAGAUACAGAAAAAGGUGCAGGCAGAGAUUGACAGUGUGAUUGGACAGUCACGCCAACCCACCAUGGCAGACAGGCCCAACAUGCCGUACACUGAAGCUGUCAUCCACGAGACGCAGAGGAUGGGCAACAUUCUUCCCUUGGGUUUUCCUAGAAGAGCCUGUAAGGACAUAACACUGGGGGGAUACUUCAUACCAAAGGGCACACCUAUGAAUACAAACCUGUCAUCUGUGCUUACUGACAAAAAUGAGUGGGAAACACCAGACAUCUUCAACCCUGGACACUUCCUUGAUGAGCAAGGUCAAUUCCGCAAGAGAGACGCCUUCAUGCCUUUUUCAGCAGGUAAGAGAGUGUGUCUAGGUGAGCCUCUGGCACGCAUGGAGCUCUUCUUAUUUAUCACCUCUCUGCUGCAACGCUUCACUUUCUCUCCAGGCUCAGGAGAGGAGCUGAACCUGGAGGGUCAGCUGGGCUUCACGUACACCCCCAGGCCUUACCGCAUGUGUGUGAUUCCACGCUAAGGAACAGAGAAAUAAGAUAAUACUCUAAUACAUGAGAAUGUGGUACAGAAUAUUAACAAUAAAUAUGUUUAAACAUAUAGUUGAGCUGCUUAAAAUCUAGCAUUAUGAUAUUUAAUUCAAAUGUAAAAAAUAUUUAAACUCAUAAUGCAAGACAUCACUGUCCAAUGAAAAACACGUAUCCAUUUUUGUCAAUUUUUAGUUUACUGCAUAAUUUGAAGACACAGAUUAUGUUACACUGUGUAUGACACUGUCUUGCAACAGUAGAAAUUCGCUAAAGGACCUGAAAUCAACUAUUUUUACAAUGACUUCCAUUAAAGGUUAAAAAGGUGUUGUUUCUCUCCUGUAAAGUUGCUAAAGAUACAUGUUUUUCAUUGGGAGCGACAAAGGAGGUUCUAAUCAAGGAACACAUGCGCAGUGAAGCACUUGUGAGCAUUAUAAACAUUGCAACAUGACGAUUUGGGUUUUCAGAAUGUACUUUUUUUUAAUAAAUGCACUUUCAUGCAAAUUUUUAAGUAUUUUUUAAGUAAUGACUAGGCAAGCAACAUGAGAAUAAAGGCUGCAGUAUGUUCAUAUAGUUUA